AUGGCGAAGAAUCUAGAGCAUCAAAACAGUCAGGUGAUGAGGGCUCUGCGAGCUUCACUGAAAUUUAGAAACAACAGAGUUUCUAUCAUCAAUUCAGAUCCAUCCAGCAGGGCAUUUGUCUUUUGGUUUAUGAUUUCAUGUUAUUUCCCGCUGAUUGCUGCAUGUUUGGGUCCGAUUGCCAAUACCAUAUCCAUUGCAUGCGUCGUUGACAAAUGGCGUGAAUGGGGGGUCUCCCGGAACAAGAACGGCGAUAUAACAGCAAACCAAGUUAGGGACCCGACUGAUGUGUUUGUGCUAAAUAUUAUUUCCCUGGUGAUUGGUUUUGUAUCGAACGUUGUUCUACUAUUCCAUUUUGCUCGGAAACUGAGCUACUUGAAAUCCCAACUCAUUAAUAUUACUGGAUGGACCGCGGCCGGGGUACUUCUAUUGGUAGACGUUAUCGUAUGUGGUACUAGAGAUGUGAAACCAAGGUAUCAGAAGACUAUUGGGUUUUGGUACGCCUGUUUCACAUCCGGACUGUAUCUGGGUUGUGCGCUGGUGCUAUCAAUACACUACAUUGGAUAUGUGUUGAAAAAAUAUCCGGCUACUUUCAACUUACUCCCCAACGAACGGUCGAUCAUGGUGUUUACUGUUAUGUUUUCUCUCUGGCUGAUAUGGGGGGCGGCUAUGUUUUCCGGUCUGUUGGGAAUUUCGUUUGGUAAUGCGCUAUAUUUUUGUACCGUGUCACUUCUGACAAUUGGAUUAGGUGAUAUCUUGGCAGAUAACGUGUCGUCAAAGAUAAUGAUUUUGGUAUUUUCGAUAUCGGGUGUCAUUAUCCUUGGUUUGAUCGUUUACAUGACUAGAUCCAUUAUUCAAAAAUCGUCAGGGCCCGUAUGGUACUUUCAUAGAUUAGAAAGGAAAAGAUCGAAAAUAUGGAAAAAAGUAUGUGCAGGUGAGUUGAAACUUACUGACGAGGAAAGUUUUGAUUUGAUGACAAAAGUUAAAAGGGUAUCAAAGAUCAGAGAAAACAUUUUUUCCGUCACAACAACUAUUUUGAUCUUCUCAUGUUUCUGGUUGUUGGGUGCCUGUGUCUUUCAUUUUUGUGAAGGAUGGUCAUACUUUAAUUGCAUAUACUUUUGCUUUCUGUGUUUGUUAACUAUCGGAUAUGGUAGCGAUUAUGCCCCAGAGACUGGGGCGGGGAGAGCAUUUUUCGUGUUGUGGUCCAUCGGUGCUGUUCCCUUAAUGGGUGCCAUUCUUUCUACCGUUGGUGAUCUGUUGUUUGACAUGUCUGAUAGCAUUGACGUGAAGUUGGGUGAAAAAUUUGAUAGUACUGUAAAAUCAAUAGUCAUCAACGGUAAAGGUGCCAUCACCUCUUUGAACUUCACGCGAGGUACUUUGGUGGACACAGAAGCUGAAAAUCAGACUGGCAUUGAAGAUAAACCUUUAACGGAAAGUCAGAGAAAGAAAGUAGAAAACCUGGACAUCGUGAAGGAAUACAAUAGUUCUUUGGAGGAUAACGACGAAUCCGACAGAAGCUUUAGCGUUAUACCGUCCCUGGAUGGGUUUUCAGAGUAUGAUCUUACUCUGGAAAGAAUGGCGUCUAAUCAAUCGGUAGAGUUAAACAAGCUCAAGGAGUUGAGACUACUUUUGAAGUCACUUUCCAGACUCCAUAAGAUAUCGGUGGAGGACAAAAAUUUCAAACUCAAUUACAAGCAAUGGAAGAAUUUGCACUCAUUACACACCCAUGAAGAAGAACUAGAAGGUUAUGAAAAAACCAAUUUUUGGGUCUCCGACCUGUCUCCUUUGAAGUAUCCACUAAACGAGGCCCAUUUUGCAUUUUUGAGAUUGUCUGAGGCGGUUGACAAACUUGUUUCUAGCCUAAUUGAGAAGGACGAAGCCAAAGUAGACAGCUUACGUCCAGUGAUGUCUAAUUUAUUAUCGAGACAUGGCAGUAUAGUCAGCCGCACCAAGUCGAAUGGCAGCACUCAUUUUGUUGGCGAUAACGACAGAGCACGCUACAACAGUGUAAGUGUUGCAAAAUCGCAUGACGAUGUAAACGCUAGGUUAAGAAGUGAUAAUAUACGGAGUAGAAAGGCUACUGGAACAGUCCAGCUCCAAACCGACAGGGAGUCGGGUGACACUCGCGAGAAUUAUGGCGGUUCCACACCAAGCAUCCUCAGUAGUAAUGUAAGCUCGAAGCUUGUCGACCCGUCCCCUGGUCAUUCCAACGAUGGUGAUACAAGAAGUUACCUCACCGAUGUGGCUGAUUCGGAGAGUGAUAACGAAGCGAACCCGGCAGCCGGACAUUUUGAUGUAAAAACCAUAUAG